AUGAAACCAGAGGCCAAUAGUAAGUCCUUUCCCUGAAGACCGGAAGUUCCGGUCCCGAGGGGCAGGUCAUCAGGACCACGUGGGCCAAACCUUUCCCGACACACCCGGAGGGGCGGGACAGAGGGCUGAACGCACGGGGAAGGCAGCCUGGUCUCUGCGUCGCGUGCCGCCAUGCCUGUGCUUCGCAGCCUGGGCGUCUUGCGGCCUCUGGCUCUUCUGUGCCUUGUGAAAAAUAGGUUUUGGAAAAAGUUGCCUGUGGUGACCCUGAACUUGCGCCUUUAUGAGACUCAGCAGGAAGAAAAGUCCAAACCCAUCAGCCGUUACCCCGUUCCCUACAAGAAGGACCUGCCUUUUGACAUUGUAGAGCUCAUGGAGGAGAUAGAAAAUAAGAGAGGAUUUUUACCAAAUAUAUUUAAAAUGUUGUCUUACCGGCCAUUGGAAUUCAGAGCCUUCUUUGCUUAUUACAACAUCAUCUUCAACAAGGAAACAGGCCAGCUCAGCAAAGCUGACAAGGAACUAAUCAUAGUGGUGAUCAGCCAGGCCAGCAGGUGCCCAUACAGUGUGGUUGUCCACAGUGCCCAGUACAGGGUCUACUCGAAGAACCCAGUGCUCUCUGACCAGGUCUGUGUGAACUGGAGAAAGUCUGACCUCCCUGCUCGGGAAAAGGCAAUGCUGGAGUUUGCACUUGCUAUUUCCAGAGCUGAUGACAUAACAGAUGACCAUUUCAGAAAGCUUGAAGUGCAUGGCUUCAACCGAGAAGAUGCCUGGGACAUAGCUACCAUUUCAGCUUUUUAUGCCAUGUCCAACUGUCUUGCUAAUUUUGUCAGUCUUGUUCCUAACAAAGAGUUCUAUUUGAUGGGCAGAACCAGUGAUGUCAAAGACAUCAAGAGUGAUCCUGCUGCUCCCAAAGUAUAAAAGCCUGAAUGGAAAGGCCAAUGUUUACAUUUCAGGCAUGUUGCAUUAGAAGACAUCAAUGGGGAAGUAGUUUUCUGAAAACAUCUAGUCAGUGGACAGGGAAGAGAGUAAAUAAAUUUGCUCCCUGCUUGCUUGAUGAGAUAGAUCCUAAGUGUUGGGGAUAUCUAGAAACAUGUGAUACCUGGGCCUAGGGGAAACCUUUGCCAAUUUCAGGAAACCUUUGCCAGUUGUUUACUUUUAUUGUUAUCUAAAAAGAGCAUCAGGAGCAAAGGAGUUCAGAGGAUGCUUUAAGCAUUUUUGAUGAACUGACAUCUGUGAAUUUCAGGAAUUUAAAGUUGGAAAAUUUUUAGCUUUCAAAAAUAGUGUUACACAGAAAUUGGUCUAUAUAGACUGUGAUUUGAAAUCAGUUCCUUGUUAACAUGGUUGUA